CCCAACUCUAUGCCAACCAAAUGCACUUCUUUUUUUUCUCAAUGUUCUAAUGGGCUUAUAACUUCAAAAGCAGAUUUAGUAAAGUUCGGUCCGGUACUCCGGUCCGUAUGCUUAAUUAGAGCCUGAAGAUCAGCUUCGCUGUUCCGCCUUUGUACAUACAUCAACAAUGGCGUCUGCCAUUCUACAUUUGAGCCUUGGGUAUAGCAGUACAACAAGGGCUUGUAUUUCUGAGGAAAGAAACCACGAGAAGGUGAAGCUCUUAGACAACAUCAAAUCCAUCGAUGAAAAAACGGUCAUUUCCAAUUCCCAACAAUCAAAACACCAUAAACUUCCUCCACUAGUUAGCGCGCUAAAAGCUUCAUCCGAGCAAAAAGUUGCAAGUUUUCACUUUCCUGGACAUAACAGGGGUAGAGCAGCUCCUUCUUCAUUGUCUAAUCUCAUUGGACUACAACCUUUCCUCCAUGACUUACCUGAGCUUCCAGAACUUGACAACUUAUUCACACCUGUGGGACCCAUUUUAGAUGCUCAAAAGCAAGCAGCUGAAUUGUUCGGAGCUACAGAAACAUGGUUCUUAGUUGGGGGAACAACAUGUGGAAUCCAAGCAUCAAUCAUGGCUACUUGUUCACCAGGAGAUACACUAAUUCUCCCAAGAAACUCUCAUAUCUCAGCUUUUUCUUCCAUGGUGUUAUCUGGUGCUAUACCGAAGUACAUUACCCCUGAGUAUGAUUCUGAUUGGGACAUUGCUUCUGGUGUUACUCCUUCACAGUUGGAGAAGGCAAUGAAAGAAUUGGAAACAAAAGGUCAAAAACCAUCUGCAGUUCUCAUAACCUCCCCUACAUACCACGGAAUCUGCACCAAUCUCCAACAAAUCUCCACAUUAUGUCAUUCCCAAAAUACCCCUCUCAUUGUGGACGAAGCCCAUGGGGCCCACUUCGCCUUUCACAACUCCUUCCCUCUCUCAGCUCUCCACCAAGGCGCCGAUCUCGCUAUUCAAUCAACCCACAAAGUGCUAUCAUCUCUCACACAAUCAUCAAUGUUACACGUGUCAGGAAAUAUUAUAAAUCGAGAAAAAAUAUGUCAAUGUCUACAAACCCUUCAAACCACUAGUCCAAGUUAUCUCCUUUUAGCUUCUUUAGAUGCCUCCAGGGCUCAAAUUAGCGAAAACCCUAAAAUUUUCGAUAAAGCUGUCGAAAUAGCCACCGAAGCAAAAUCCCUCAUUAAAAAAAUCCCUGGAAUCAGAAUCCUCGAUUCCGGUGUCAACAUCGGAAUCCUCGAUUCCGGUGUCAACAUCGGAAUCGAUCCUUUACGGAUUACAGUCGGAGUUUGGGAGCUUAAGAUUUCGGGAUUUGAAGCGGAUGAUAUUUUGUAUGAAAAUUAUGGUGUGGUUUCGGAACUUGUUGGGACCCGUUCGAUUACGUUUGCGAUAAAUCUAGGAACGCGGAGGGACGAUGUUGUUAGGCUUGUGUCGGGGUUAAAGUACCUGUCGGAAUCACGGAUUCCGAUUCCGAUUCCAAUUCCGAUUCCGAGUGAUGUACGGGUUUUUAUGGGGAUGUGUAGUGGGAUGAGAUUGAGCCCUCGAGAGGCGUUUUUUGCGAGUAAAAAGAAAGUGAGUUUUAGAGAAAGUAUUGGUGAAAUAUGUGGGGAAUUGGUGUGUCCGUAUCCGCCUGGAAUUCCAUUGCUGAUUCCGGGGGAAGUGAUUACGGAGGAGGUGUUGAGGUAUUUGAUGGAGGUGAAAAAUAAUGGGGGGUUUGUUAGUGGUGCUGCUGAUUCCAGUCUCUCCACCAUUGUUGUUUGCAGUUGA